AUGAACUCACGUGAAACCGAAGAAAGUGAAUGCUAUCAACCAGAAGAGGAAAUAGCAGAGAAAAUGUCUUUUGUGUUUCGAGAGCUUAAAAUGAAAGCAAAAGUUCUCAAUGGAGUUUUAGAUGAACAAGACAAUAAUUUGCCAGCAGUGGAAACAAACCCAAGCAUUGCCUCGGAACAGGACGGAUUCAAUGUUGACGACACAAGCGAGGACAAGGAAAAUGAGACGGAACAAACACAAAAAGCAAAUAAGGCUGGGAUAUUGGAACUGUCCGUUUACGCACCGGAUACUGGAAAGCCUGUCCAGGAGACCAUCGAUUUCUACGAACAACUCCAACUGUUGAUAGAAACAAUACCCCAACAUGAAGACAUAAUAAUAAUGGGCGACUUGAACGGAAUAGUAGGAAAUGAGGUAAUACCUGAAGUCAAGAAUAGAUUUAAUGAAGAGAUAGUGAACGAGCGGGCAAUAAACAAAAAUAAUGGCUCCUGGAAACGCUUCCUCGAUCUUGACAGUUCCAGCAACGAAAUGAUUUGCUGUAUGGGAGAACUACAACGACGAAUGGUUUCAGAUAAAGCUUAA